CUUUAUUGACACACAGUUUGUGGGCAGGGUUGUCCUUCAGUGCAGCUAACCGGCUAUCCUUCACUACGGUUCACUGUCAGAGUUUGAAUUAACACCACCUAAAAGUGAAUUACGACGCCGUGGACGAUGGCGGCAAGGAUUUUGCCCGUAGUGAAGCUGGCCACCAAGGUGACCAUUGCUGGAGGAGCCGUGUACGUUGCCUGUGACUCUGGCCUCUUGGGAAACAGUGAGCAGGGCUCAAAGGCCCUGGAGAAGGCCAAAGAAGUAAUACCACCUGCCAUACAGGAAUGGAUGAAGUACUUUGGUCUGGAGGCUCAGCUUCCAACCAUGCCCAAGAUCGAAUUCUCGCCUGUUCAGGCCUGGAAUUUGGAGUGCGGUGGACAAUUUCAAAUCUUUCGGAGGCUCCAACGAAAGCACCUGAAUACACAAAUCAGGGACUACAGUACCUGAAGGACCUCACCAAGUAAACGGGAACUAUCUGGGUGUCCUGGCAUUAUCAAUCUGUUUGACUUUUGCACUCAAGAAACAACUUCUUCCAAAGUUCCAAAGUCCCAAAAGAAAGAAAAGAAAGAAGAAACAGCCAACAUGAAAGAAGUUGUGCAAGGAGCGUACGCAGGAGACUGGGUACUGUCUUUCUUCAGCCUACGGUGGUGUUAGGUGGGAGUUGGAGAUAAUGCUGGAAAGCAAAUGUAUUUAAAUAAGAGACAAAGGUGUCCUUCCAUUUUGUGUAUACUACAUUUAACUGUUGUCAACAGUGUCCAAUAUCAUGCUACCCUAUUCCCGCCAACCCCACAAAAAUGUCAGGAAGAGAAUGUAUAUAUGCAGUUUCCAAAUUUGUGAGUAAUAUAUCAUCUUAAAACAUGUUCGGUGUUAAGUUUGAUUUAUUGAGUCAGGCCACAUAUACCGCAUGCUGAUCAGGUCAGUGUCUACAAACAAGACUGAACAAAUGUGCAAAAAUCUUCAUUACUCAUGACAGAAUAAUAAUGACACAAAUUUCUUGCUGAUUCUGCUACAACAAGGGGGAGGAACGCAUGACUCCACACUACACAACAGCACCACUAGUGGUGACGUUGUGCAUCUUUUAAAUCUUUAUUUGGUUGAAGGAACAUGGUACUGAUUCUGACCCACACUGUCACUUCUUCACGGUAUAAUAAAGUCAAAUAAAGUCUGAAAACGUCCAUGCACUGUUGAUAUGACGCAUGCAGAGCUUUGACAGCUUAAAUAAGAUGCUAAACUUCCAGAGUAAAACAACAAAUCAAAUCAAGUCCUGUGUGUGUUAGGUCACCCUGCCUUAAAACAGGGUGACUGAUUUCCAUUUUGGUAAUCUGGUCACCCAUGCUCAAGCCAGUGAUAGGCCAUGAUUAUUACCAUAUCAUGACAUGUGUAUGUGUUCAUGCAUCAAGGCCGUACAAUCUGUAGAGCUAAAUGUUGGAUGAAGUUGGAUGGAGAUUUGUCAUGGGGACUGACAGAUGGAACUAGUGCUGCUAAAUUUGUUGCCUCGGUUUCUGGAAGAGUUUUCGUUAUCUCUCCAUAGCUUUAAUAUAUAACUGAAUAAACUUUUUUUUGUAUUCUCCUAUA